AUGGCGACUGAAGAGGAGGAGGCAGAGACAGGAGAUCUGAUUAACACUGGAGAGAGACGGGACUACCGUGGAUCCUCUGGGGAGCCUCAACAACAUCAUGAUGCUGACGAGGCAGAGAAGAGUCUCUCCAGAUCGGAACACCUCAAGAAACCCCAGCGGAGAUCCACAGGGAAGAAGCCUCACCACUGCUCUGACUGUGGGAAGAGUUUCACCUCUUCAACAGAACUUAAAAUACACCACAGAAUCCAUACAGGAGAGAAACCUUAUAGCUGCACUGACUGUUUGAAGAGAUUUUCUCAACUAGGGAACCUGACAAAACACCAGUUGACACACACAGGAGAGAAACAUCACCACUGCUCUGACUGUGAGAGGGCCUUUUCAACAUCACAGCGUUUAAAGCUGCACCAGCGAACGCACACUGGAGAGAAGCCUUUCCACUGCUCAGACUGUGGGAAAAGCAUAACCUCCUCAAGUGAACUGAUUAUACACCAGCGAACACAUACAGGAGAGAGGCCAUAUGGCUGUGAUCAAUGCGGGAAGCGAUUCACUCAGUCAUCAAACCUGACUGUACACAAGAGAAUACACACUGGAGAGAAGCCUUAUCGCUGCUCCAACUGUGGAUUGAGCUUUACUACCUCAAGCUAUCUGAUAACACACCAGAGAACACAUACAGGAGAGAAGCCUUAUAGCUGUGAUCAAUGUGGGAAGAGUUUUACUCAGCCAAGUCACCUGAUUGUACACCAGAGAAUACACACAGGAGAAAAACCUUACCACUGCUCUGACUGUGGGAAGGGUUUUGUUAGAUCAUCACAUUUAAAAUCUCACCAGAGAACACACACAGGAGAGAAGCCUCACCACUGCUCUGAAUGUGGGAAGAGUUUUGCUUUAUUAGACAUACUGAUAGUACAUCAGAGAACCCACACUGGUGAAAAGCCUUACCACUGCCCAGACUGUGGGAAGAGAUGUACUACCUCAAGUAACCUGAUAUCACACAAGAGAACCCACACUGGAGAGAAACCUUACCACUGCUCUGACUGCGGGACGAGUUGUUCUACCUCAAGCAACCUGGCAGUACACCAGAGAACACACACUGGAGAGAAGCCUUAUGGCUGUGAUCAGUGUGACAAGAGAUACUCUCAUUCAAGUUCUCUGAUUAAACAUCAGAAAAUACACUCAGGAGUUCCACAGAGUGUAGAAUGAUCUCCAACACCAGACCUGGGUAGUAGAACACAAGAGUGUAGAAUGAUCUCCAACACCAGACCUGGGUAG